GACAAAGAAAGAUAAAUUUGAUAACUGAUUUGUCUAUUUGAGAGAUUAAAUUGAUAAAAUAAAUCCGUAGAGAGCUUUUGUCAAGGGGGUUUGUACUCUAUGGCCAAUUUCUCUGUCAUGCUAAGAGCUUUUCCCUUUUCAUAAACCCAUCUCUGCUUGUAGUAGAUUCCUGUAUGCCUGUAUUAUACUUAGCAAGGGAGAAAUGUUAGACACUAGGCAUGAGGGUAUCCCAAACAGAGGUUUGGUAUAAAAAAAAAUUGAUAUCGAGGUAAGGCAUCUUUUGAAAUACCGCAAAACUUGUUCACUUCUUUUCCUGCAAAACCCUUAUCCAAGGAGGCUUACAGGAGACAACAUCCGUUCAACUUCUCAUCUUUUCGUUACUUGAGUUUCUAUGGGGAUAAUAUGGGUGGAGGUCUGCUUGAUAUCUGCACAUGGACUUCAGCACUCAACCUCACUUUGGAAGCGUCAGUGGUUUGCUGUUGGGUGGAUUGAUAUUAACAGCAAAUAUUGCACCAAGGUUGUUGAUUCGGGGAGUGCAAAUCCUGUAUGGAGAACCAAGUUUGCCAUUCCAGUUGAGGACUCUGCACCAAAUCUCCUGGAUUUGGCACUGAAUGUGGAAGUUUACAGUACAGAUCCCAUAUUCUUCACGGAAAAGCUCCAUGGCUCAGCAACAGUUUUUCUCAGAGAGUUUCUUUUCAAGCAGGUAAAGAAUUCUGAGGUAUCCAAUUCCAGGCAGCAGGGAGUUGGAAGCUACCAAUUACGAAAGAAGUCGUCUAGUAAACCAAGAGGUUUCAUCGAUAUUUUAAUUUGUAUUUCUAACGAGAAGAAAGAGCCAAAUCCCCACUCAGGAAACAAGGAUGGAAUUUUGUUCUUAGAUGAUGGAGAUAGUACCCAAUUCAACAACAUAGAGGGAGGAGUAAGGCAAGCAUACCGUCGGAAGCCUCAGGCUUCAAUCCAUCAACCAGAAGAUCAUGUACAUACAAACGUCCCAGACUACCAUUCAGUACCUUUCACCACUACAAACUAUUAUAAUCCGUACGUGGGUGAAGCAAGCUAUCAUGAGACGGGUGAAGCAAGCUACCAUGAGAUGGGUGAAACAAGCUACCAUGAGGUUGGUGAACCAAGCUACCAUGAGACAGGAGAAACAAGUUACCAAGAGGUGGGUCAACAAAGCUACCAUGAGGCAACUGGGCCAAGCUAUCUGCUGCCUAGAACAAUAACUCCUCCUCCACCGUCCCCACCAUCAAAUGUUGGCUAUAUUUCCACCUUUCUCCCAAUAAAUGAGGGCUUGUCUCCAAGCUACACAGCCCCUGGCAAGAGGGUACAUGCGGGAGGUGCAAUGGGGUUAGGUGCUGGAGCACUAGCUGCUGGUGCUGGAGCACUAGCUGCUGGUGCUGUAAUAUUUGGUGAUGACUUCAUGUCAGGAUUUGAUGUUCCUCCGGACCUGGGAGAUUCUAGUUUCAACCUAGAAAUGGAUCCUCGUUUCUAAACAAGAUUUGUUCAGCUUUAAGUAACUAUAUUUGGCUGCACAACCUUCUAGCAAAUCCUUUAUUGACGUUGUAUACGGAUUCUACUUCCACAUUCUUACGUGUACUUCUGUUAGAGAAAUGCCGUGUUUCAUUGACAAGGCAGAAAGAUCAAGUUAUUUGUUACUUUUAGCUAGCAAUAUUUUCUUUUAGUGACAA